ACACCCUAGCACUCAGUUAUACUCGUAAUAGGAGAAACUAUGGAGGUAACACCGCAACAACAACAGGAUCAACAACAGCAGCAACAACAACAGCAGCAGCAACAGGAGCAGACCUUCAAAGCAUUUGAUGCUUAUGAUUUUGAAAACGAUGCUACGUUUCAGACAGGGUUACAAUCCAUUAUAAACAGCAAUCAAAACAAGACAGAGAAAGAGAAAAAAGAAGCUAUUGAAAAUGCUAGAUGCUUUUAUUAUACUCGAUUCAUUAAACCAUUUGAUAUCUCUCAAUACAAGGCAUGGCGCGCUCAACAACAAUUGACAAAUGAUGAGAGCUCAACAGGCAAGGUAUCAUUGGGAAAAGACCAUAAUACUAUGUCAGCCAAUGAUAUAGGAGCAUCGGCUUCCAAUGAUAUUACAUCGGUCGCACCGGCUGCAGAUCCGAGCUACCCAAAGUCUUUCCAAGAGAUCUGUGAGCUCAUUGCUGCUGGAAAGCCGAUCCCAGGCAUUCGCCAGAUCCCCAAUAAUCUAGCUGAAGGAACACCUAGUGAGGCACAGCUCGUGCCCAGACCAAAGCCAUGGGAGAAGAAAAAGGCUACUGCUGUUACUGAUAGCACUACUUCGUCAGGAGUAUCAACCGCCGAGGUGUCUGCAAACUCUUAAAUAAAACUAUUGCCACCAAGAAACCAAUGAUUUAAUAUGUGGAGUUGCAAC